UGUUAUAUCGAUGUAUCGAUGUUUCAAUUUGAAAAUGAAACAUCGAUGUUCGUAAACCGAUGUUCGAUGUUUUCGCAAAUUUUGUACCAUCACUUAGUAAUUGCACGUGGAACGAAAGUGGCUUUUGGUGUUGGCAGGCAGUGAUUGAAAUGGAGCGGUUUGUAGAAAGUUCUAGUGGCAAAGUUUCAAAGACGAGCUCAAAGGAGGUGGAAGAAGAAAACCCAGCAAAAAGAACAAGGUACGGUCAGUCAGCUGUAUGGCAAUUUUUUAACAAAUCAAAGGAUGGCAGUUCAGCUAAAUGCAUUCAGUGUGGAAAAACAUAUAUAACAUGUGGCAAUACCACUAAUUUGGCUGGACACCUGAAACGGAUGCAUCCAGGAUUAACUGUUAGCGAGCUUCCGAAAUCUUCAGGGUCUAUUUUGUCCUUCAUUGAAAAAAAAUACGAAGCAUCUUCCGCUAGGAAAAAGAGUCUUGAUAGCUCACUAAUGCACUAUAUAUGCUCCGACAGGCGACCGUUCUCAGUUGUUGAAAACAAAGGAUUUCGUAAUGAGCUAUCUGUUCUGGAAGAUUUAAAGCAGGUUCUUUCACUAUUCGAGGAUGCGACGGUACAAACAUCAUCCAGCUCUAAUGUAACAGUUUCGCUAAUUAUACCAUUGGUUAGCGGACUUUUGCAUAAUUUGAGUGAAAUCAAAGAUCGACUAGAAACUGAUGAUGGCCGUAACCCUGCCAACACCACUAUGCGAUAA